UCCUCGUCACUACCACCAACAAGUGCCAGCAUAAAAGGCCAUUCUAAGUCAUCUUAUUUGCCUUUCCAAAAUUUUCUACAACGAAACCAACUUCGCCAAACGUCGCUAUGUCGGAUUACCCAGCUCAAGAUGCCUUCUACGGCGUUGUCGGAGACACCUAUGAAUAUUUAAACGCCAGUUUAAUAUGUGGCACACAAAGCUCAAAUGUGUGUGAAGAUGAAGAGUACAUUGCCAACUUUGAUCUGGAUCUUCUAGCAGCCGAACUGUGGCCUGAGGCGAGCGUUGCGGGAGCAGCAUCCGAUUUGACGUUUUGUGAAGGCACUUUCAAUGCCACGUCUCUCUAUUCGCAAGAUGAGGAUUUAAUGGGUCUUGGUGCAGUCAACCCCAAUGACUUGUUUAGCAGUGGGAUGCAACCGCCAUAUCCAUCGUCUUACACCCCGGACGGAUAUGUUCCUUAUCAGUAUUGCGAGCAACAGGCUACUUCCUCUUAUUGUUAUAAGCCUCAGUCGCACCUUUCUCCGUAUAAUGACAAUUUGGGAGAAUCUUUUCAGCAAAUGAAUAUUUUUCAGCCACAUGACCAGCAUUCUGGAUAUGCUUAUCAUAAUGACCACCAAAUGGGUGUUCAACAACCUCAUCAACAAUCGGGCAUUUCUCAUGACCAACAGUUUGAUGUCUUACAAAACCAAGGUGUAGCUACUGCUUGUGUGUCUAGAAGUGGCACUUCAAAGAAACGGAAAGGCUAUCGACAUCGGCAUCAGCGUCAGUUCCUCAGUAGCGCUGAGGAACGAGAUCGUCGGUCCCGCGUUCUCAACAAUGAGGCUUCGGCCAUUUACCGAAAGAAGAUGCGCGAUCUCCACGACAAAGCUCGCACAGAGUUGGAUGACCUUGAGCAGAGGAACCAGCAAUUGACGCAGAGGUUCCGCCUCCUUCAGAAGUUCUGUUCCGGUUACAAGGCUCGCUUGGAGGCUCUUGGUGUUCCAGUGACGAGCAGCUUCCAAUAAGUACAUUGACAUCCAAUCCAUAAGAACUGUUAUACCUUUUUCACAGUCGUACACACGCACACACAGAAACAUACCACAUGCAUACACACACAUACAUACAUGUAUAUUUAUGUAUAUGUACUGAUAGUACAUGUAUUGUAUAGUCUCUUUUAUUAAACUUAUUUUGAUAUUCGGCCCUGUGUUUGAAAAAAAAAGAAAAAAAAAAAAAAAAAGCAAUACAGAAUUCCUUUAGCGAAUUGAAGCGAAUAACAUACGUCAAUAAAACUCAAGUCGGUAUUGUAUAUCAUAAACGAAAAAAUGAAAUGUAGAACAGAAAUACAUUUAGUUGAUACAUAGUUGCAUAGCACAACAACGGUAAUACGAUGAGACUGUACAUACAUACACAUAUAAGCAUAUAUUACUGACUCUUGUCACUGAGCUCUCCCUGGUAAAAACUUACCUGAAAAGUGUUUGUUAUGGGUUAAGGGAGAAUCUGACAUAUCACUGAGCGACCGGGAGGCUGGUUUUCUAUGUCUAAGUUUAAUGCCCAUGAUUAUAUAUGUGUAUAUAUGAUUAUAUGUUAUAUAUUUUUUUAUUUUUUUAUUUUAAGAUGUGACCUGAGGUCAUUGUACUUCAUUUCAGGAACUGUACCAUGCUAGUUGUCAGUUACAAUUAUUCUCGUUUUUAAAGAUAAAAUUAUAAUACAUAUACCAUUCCUUUAUGUUUGCCAAAUAAAGUAAUUUUUUAAA